GAAGCCACACACACUGAUAACUGUAGACAUUGGUCAGGCUCUUAAAAUGUUGUUGAGAGGCAACCAUUAUGAUAAACGGGGGUUUGACAUGCUUUUAGAGGAAGAGAUGACACACUCAACGGACAUCGAUCGACACUUAGCGACAGAAGAAUAUAUAACAUUAGAUAUUUGAACGCGAUGCGGAAACGCGGAACUUUAACAUUUUUUUGAGUUACUCAGUAACGAUUUUGGAUUUGUUUCUUAAUUAUUAGCGGGAAAAAAUAAUAUAAAAUGGCUUCUAGAUCGGGUUUAUCAGGUUUCCCCGUCAACCCCAGUACCCCGAUAAACCCCAGCAUGAACCCCAUGAACCCGGGUCACAGCAGCGCCAUGAGAAUGCCCGGAAUGCCGCAUAAUUCACCCUUCAGAGGGAUGGGCAGUAACGUUACCCCGAACCAGUACCACCAAUGUCACAAUAGUAAUCCUCAAAUCCUGCAGUCGUACACACAGCGCUCGAGUAUGUCACGAGGAAUGCCAAUAGGGGGCAUGGGGUCUAUGGGUUCCCCUCUGCCCGGUCCGUCUUAUAGUGGAGCCAUGCCUAUGCGACCCGGGAUGCCUCAAGCUGCGAUGGACCCUUCCCGGAAGAGACUCCUUCAGCAGCAGCCCGGGGGUCUUAUGGGUCCAAGAAGGGGAUUGCAUUCCUUAUGCAAAGGCAACAAAGGGAUAGGUGGUUAUACUCAGCGGUUAUACAGAGUCAUGAAACUGAACCGAACUGCUGUAAUCCUGCAGAUUUUUGGCUGCCCCAGGAUGAGAUUUUCGGAUAUCCCCAUGAAACUUGCCAGCCUCCUACAGCACCCUGACCCCAUCGUCAUCAAUCAUAUCAUCAGUGUGGAUCCCAAUGAUCAGAAGAAGACUGCAUGCUUUGAUAUCGAUGUUGAGGUGGACGACCCUCUGAAGGCUCAGAUGACCAGCUUCCUGUCAUCCACAACCAGUCAACAGGAGAUCACUGCCCUGGAGAUGAAGAUCCAUGAGACUAUUGAAUCCAUCAACCAGUUGAAAACCCAGAGAGACUUCAUGCUCAGCUUCAGUAACUACCCACAGGAUUUCAUCCAGGACUGGCUCAAGUCUCAGAGCAGAGACCUCAAAUUAAUGACAGACACUGUGGGAAAUCCAGAGGAGGAGAGACGAACCGAUUUUUACCACUCACCCUGGGUCAAAGAAGCUGUUGGACGCUAUAUAUUUUCAAAGGUCCAGCAGAGGAGACAGGAAUUGGAACAGGUACUGGGAAUCCGACUCACUUAAGAGGAUUCAGACUUCAAAUCCACAGCCACCCGAGGAAUUGGCUCAACAAAUACAGAUGAGAAUGAAGCUUUCUGUUUGAAAACCAAUGGAGGAACUUCAUGUAGAAGUUUGGGUGCUGGGAUUGUUUAGUAUAUUGCUUGUCAGUUUUAGCACUUGUACUAUUACACACAUCUGGCCAUAUAAAUUUCAAAUGGUUUUACAAUAACUGGAACUUCAGUACGUAUCUUUCUCUUUGCAUUCAUUUUCUGAUCUUCUCUUAUAUAAUCUGAAAAUGAGGCAUCCAGUUCAUGAUUCAGUUUGUUGACAUACUCAUCUUUGCUAUUAUUACAUCUUUUUGUAUAUUUUACAGUAAGAUAUACAGUACUGUAGCUUGUUGGCUAAAACCCCUAUAGGUAACUGAUGCAACACAGCUUCUUUUUGUUCAUAAAUGUUGUGUUUAUGGUAGGAAUUGCCAAACUCAAUCAACAUUUGCCAUUUAGUUUUUGAAAGGUUUCCAAUUCUGACUGCAAAGGCUAUUUUUACAAUGGAAUUGCACAGUUUUUGAGUUAAGAUGCAGUUACUUAUAAUUAAGUAGACUAGUAAUGAAAAUGCAAUGUUUUACUUCAAUAUUGUGGAGUUUUCCAUUUGGUCUCUCAGGAAAAUAAGUGCUGCACUGCAUUCAAGAGCCAUGUUUUUGUAUUUCCACCCCAGCGGGAAAUCCAGCACAUUUGGUUGUCCAGCUGUUUUAGUUCAGUGUACCAGACUUUCUGUCUUCAUCUUGUUGGUGUGUUUACAGAUUUUUUUUUUUUAGCGUUGAAAGUCCGCUGCAGUGGCAGAGACCAUACAGCAGUGACCGAAUUUGUGAAAGGUGGUGCUUCAGGUGUGCAAACCAUCAGCAUAUUCUUAU